AUGCCUAUUGAGGCCCCCAGAAUCGAAUCCUCCCUCUCCUUCACACAAGGUCUCCUCCUCGGCCAACUCUCCGUCGUAAUUCUCCUUGGAGCCUUUAUUAAAUUCUUCAUAUUCGGCGACCCUCCCUCCCCCGACAUAACGGCCGCCCUACGCGCAACAGAGCGACGUUCUCGAACCCUCGCACACAAACGCUCGCUCCUCUCUCUCCGCACAUCAUCUCGUCCCUCCGCACCCUCCACACACCACCAAACGCUCAACAAGAAGCGAUCAAGCGUGCUACGCAAUCCGCCGCCUCUCACGACAAACACUAUUCUCAGCAAGACAUAUUAUAAUGUUGAUUCGCACCAGCCGGAGAGUUUGGAUUGGUUCAACGUGCUGAUCGCCCAGACGAUAGCGCAGUUCAGAAGCGAUGCGCAGCAUGACGAUGCGAUAUUGACUUCUCUUACGAAAGCUUUGAACGGGACGUCACGGCCGGAUUUCUUGGACGAGAUCAAAGUUACAGAAUUGAGUCUUGGCGAGGACUUCCCCAUUUUCAGCAAUUGUCGGGUGAUACCAGUCGACGAGGACGGUUUGAGCUUGGGCGCUCCUACGAGGGGAGAGGCAGCGGGCAGAGAACAUGGAAGGUUACAAGCGCGAAUGGAUGUUGACCUGAGUGAUUUCAUCACAUUGGCCGUGGAGACGAAAUUACUGCUGAAUUACCCCAAGCCGCUUGUUGCGGUGCUACCUGUCGCACUGGCGGUAAGUGUGGUGCGGUUUAGCGGCACUUUAUCUAUCUCAUUCAUUCCGGGGAGUGCGAAUAAUGCUACUAUGCUGGCUUUCAGUUUCCUCGAUGACUACAGACUGGAUUUCUCCGUCAGGAGUCUAGUGGGGAGCCGAAGUCGUCUACAGGAUGUGCCGAAGAUUGCAUCGCUGGUAGAGGCGAGAUUGCAUACUUGGUUUGAUGAGAGGGCUGUUGAGCCACGGUUCCAGCAAAUAGAGUUACCGAGUAUGUGGCCUAGGAAGAAGAAUACGAGGGGUGGUGAGGAUGUGGGUAGUGGGAGCGGACUGGGCAGUGAACCAGCGAGUAUGAGUCGUGCGAAGGGGAAAGAGAUUGAGAGGGACUUGAGGGAAGAAGCUCGGAGGGAGGUUGAAGCUGAAGCAAGGGCAAGAGGAGAGGCUGAGGCUAAUGAGCAGGAUGGAUUGAGGUGGAGGAGGAGAGCUAGGGGUGAAGGGGAAUAUGCUAUGCCUGGGAGUAUGCCGGGUUUGAAUAUGGCUUAA